AUGGGAAAAUUAAGUGAUUGGAGUAUUAUAGUUUAUGAUAGACCUGGUGCUGAUAGAACGGAAGCGUAUGACAAGCACGUCAAAGCUCUAACUGUAAUCAUUGAUCUAAGAUUAGUUGUUCUCAGGGGCCAGAUUAAUGAUGACAACAACCCAAUUGGCUCAAGUCUAACAAUAAGAGUUGAAACUAAAGAUGAUAAUCUCAAGCUAUUGAAACAAGAUAUCCUUUACAAGGAAGGAAUUUGGGAUGUCGAUAACGCUAUUAUUCACCAUUUCAAUUGUGUAUUUAUUGAAGGACAACCAUUGAGAGGUUAA